CCAAACUUCCGGUUAUUCAAUGCUUGCUAUUUUCGCGACUUUUCUAUCAAAAUGAGCUGUCAUUUAACAUCAGUGCGCAUAAAGCUUCUGCAGCUGCUUCAUUUUCGUCCUUCCUGCAAUAUAUCACUAAUUGACACUAGCCAAAAGCUACUGUCACAAGGUUGUUAUGGAUCAGCCAGAAGCAGUCAGUUGCUAUGUCAACAACAGAUAAGAGGCUGCAUGACAGCUCAUGUGUGCCAAGCCCAAGGCCAGCUUGACAGUUGCAAAAACAAUGAAGCAACUGCCAGUUUUCACAACAUGUUAAACAGUUUGAAAAUGCAAGCGCAUGUGAAUGAAAAAAGUCACGAAUAUUCAUCAGUUACUCUGUAUUCUGACAUUGGAGAUGACAAUCACUCACAUAGCAGGAAGGACAGUAGAAAUAGGUUGUGCAAAAAUGUUCCACUUUCAGAAAGUUACAUUUUACACUUUUCUCAGCCAAAUGUGCAAAAAACAAAUGGAGACAGUUUGAAUAACUCUACCUCAGAUCAGAAAACAGACUCUGAUGAUGGAAAGAAGGAUGAUCUGCCAUCGCCUGCUCAGCUGUCUGAUAUAAGAAAAUAUUACAUGCAACAGCUUCCUGUAUGUCACAAAGGCGGAACUAUGGAUGAUUUGAAAACCGGCAGACACCAUUUAGAUAUAGUUUUUGAAAACCUAUUCUUCGAAAAGCCAAUCAUUACACAGGGAAUACUGAAAUACUCCUACCAACAAGUGAAGUUCAAGUGCCUAUUGCAUUUUCGCUUCGUGUCUUUUUAUGUUUUGCCUAUAAAUGUGACCACACACUAUGACCAGGGCUGUAUAGUGAUUCACUGGCGACUUCACACAUUGACGUUCACGGCCUUGGUUCGCAGUAUCCUUGCCUUCAAAUGGCUUGAUAGAACGACCUAUUACAGGACUGUUGAAGGCAUCUCAACUAUAUAUGCAAAUUCUGAUGGAAAGAUUAUAAAACAUCGUUUAGAAAGGAAAAUACCUCUAGACACUGCCCAGCCGAGUAAAGCAGAGCUUCUUGCCGCGAAGUUGGUGGGCCGGAAGAAUCUAGCCACUCAGUCGUUCAGUAAAAAGAAUUGAGAUGAGAAGUUUUAGCGCCAUUAACAUGAACACGAAUGAAAUAAAGGGUUUUAUGUGAUUUGUUGAGUGGAUUAACCAUUUCCACACGGACACAGAAGAAUAGAACUGUGACAAGUAGAAAUGGGUCUGUGUUAAAAGAUUAGUGUCCAACAUCAGAUCAGAUCAAGGAUGCUUUAAAAAAAAAGAGAAACAAACUACUGUACCUAAAAAACACCUGAAAAAUAACCAUUAACUUUAUGAACAUCAUAUGUGCCUCAAAUCAUUCAAUUGAAAUAAUGACAUACCGGUAAUAUCUAUUGAGAAAAUAAAAUGGUUAAAUUUUACAGGCAUUGCAAAUAUGCCACAGGUGAUAUUUGAUAAAGUGAAAAGGCAAUAAAAUGGUUUGGUUAGGGUGACACCCUGUUCAAAAACACGUGGGCCUUUUAUUUUUUUAUUUUAUUUAUUAAGUUUAAUAAUGUAAGAAUGUUAUUGUGAUCAUUGAAGAUACAGAAUUGUGUAAUUUUUUGUAUUAAACUACAUGUAUGUUAAAACAUACACUUAAAACCACAAACACAGUAGCUGUUGCCAUAGAAAAACCAUAGUUAAUCUGUUUAAGAAGGGCAGAUAAUUUUGAUUGUGAUAUUUGUACACAUCUGAAAAGUAUUUUGAUGAGUAACAGCUUUAAAGCAGGAGAAUGGUAAUUACUCUUACAGUAAUUUUGACUUAAAACUUGGGGAAAUCUGUAAAAUUAUAAGGGAGACGCGUGUGUGGUCAAUACACCAUGUUAGGGCUUACGAGUGCAUGAUGGAUUUUACUUCAUAUACUAUUUAAGGGAUUAUUUCUUGCAUUUAUGCUGUUUGAAUGCAUUAGGGCACGCAAGCGGAUUCUAUGGUUUCUUGGUAAUUUGUUCCCUUGCCCUUCUGCGUUCAUUCAGCAUAAAGCCAAAAAAACGUGAUCAAAUACAUACAAUUAUAUUUUUCUUGGACAUUAUGAUUAAAAAUUAGCAAUAUCUUCUGCAAUUGAGUAUUUGUUCUUAAAGAAUUGUAAUCAACAACAUACAUUUGUGUAAAAGAAUAGCUGAUAUUUGUAACGUCUUAUAUCAUUGGUUAAACUACUGGCACGCUUAUCCAAUCAGAUGCAAUAUUGAAAUAAACAAUGAUGUCAUGAUCAGUGCAUGUUAUAAACUAUGAAUGUUAAGUGCUAAAGUAAAGGACUAAAUUCUCA